GAGUCACCUCAGAGGCGCCACGACAAGUGUACGUGUCUCGAAGCUCUCCCAUUGUUGGCACGCGGCCGUCUUUUGUUCGGCGCCAAUCGAUGUCAGGUAGAAAAUAGCCCACCAGCUGGGCAGUCGCGUAUCGUGCCGGGACUGGCUAGUGCCCUCGCUAGCCUAGACAACCUCUGUCGGCGCCACCUACCAGGCAGAUGGUCAUGGGGGUGGAGACUUGCGCGGUGUGUACACAGCCGGCCAAUCAGCGCUGCGGAGCCUGCCACGUCACCUACUACUGCUCACGUGACCACCAAAGGACCGACUGGAAAGCACAUCGCCAGCAAUGCAAACCUCUGUGCUUCAAGGUGUGCGAGGAUGCUGUGCUGGGGCGCCACCUAGUGGCGACACGUGACAUCUUAAUGGGGGAGGUGGUGCUGAAGGAGUCGCCGCUGGUAGCGGGUCCAGCUCAGAUCACAGUUCCUGUCUGCCUCGGCUGCUACAGCAUACUGACAGCGGAAAGCGCACAGCCUUGUACGGCUUGUGGCUGGCCAAUGUGCAGUUCAAACUGCGAGUCGAGCUCCGCGCAUGCGCCCGAGUGCUACUUCACCGCGACUCGCCAUGGAUCUAAGGUGAGCGUGAGCAACUUCGGCAUGUCGCACCCGCUGUACCAGUGCGUGACGGUGCUGCGGCUUCUGCACCAGCGCUCCCACAAGCCCGCCGCAUGGGGCAAGCUCGCCGCUCUCGAAUCGCACUGCCAGCAGCGCCGUCGCACGCCGCGCUAUGAAGACGACCGUGUCGCCAUCGCCCAGUUCGCACGCCGCUUCUUCAAGCUCGACGAGUUCUCCGAGGAGGACAUUCUGCGUGCCUGCGGCACCAUACAGGUGAACGGCCAUGAGGUGCCACUGACGGAGCCGGCACACAUCGCCGUGUACGACACCGCCUCACUACUCGAGCACAACUGCCGCCCCAAUUGCUCCAAGAGCUUCACGGCAACAGGUGGGCUCAUCGUGCGUGCGGCUAUGCCGAUCGAGCGUGGCCAGCACCUCUCCAUCUGCUACUCGGAUGCACUGUGGGGCACAGCUUCCCGCCGCCACCACCUCGCCGAGACCAAGUUCUUCUGGUGCACCUGCGAGCGCUGUGCUGAUCCGACCGAGUGUGGCACCUUCUUCAGCGCCUUGCACUGCACAUGCACGUCGUGCGAGGGGUUCCUGCUCCCCGAGGAGCCGCUGAAGGAGGGCGCAGCACUGGAGGCAGCCGGCUGGUGGAGCUGCACCUCGUGUGGAGGAAGGUUGUCUCCUAGCGACGUGCAAGUCAUUGUGGAUGGCGUGGGGCGACGCCUGGUCAACAUGCAGAAGGGUGACCCUGCCAGCUGCGAGCGCUUCGUGGCGCAGUGCGAGGGAGAGCUGCAUCCGAACCACUACUACCUGACAGAUGUGCGCCUCGCUCUGGCGCAGCUGUACGGCCAAGACCACGUGGAUGCCCUGCGCGGCACACCCGAGCCGGAGCUGCGAGGCAAGGCGCGCCUGUGCCGCGACGUGCUCUCUCUCGUCGAGCGCCUCGCCCCAGCCGAGGGGCGGGUGCGAGGCGUGCUGCAGUUCGAGCUGCACGCCACCCUGGCAGAGAUGGCGCGCAGGGCAGCUGGCCGAGGAGAGCUGGACCACGUGGAGCUCAGCAACUCUCUGCUGGAAUCCAAGCACUUACUCACCGAAGCCGUGUUCCUUCUGGAGUACGAGCCAGACUCUCUACCGGAGGGCCAGGUCGUCAUUCAAGCCAAGAGGAACCUUCAAGAAAUAGACAACCUUCUCCAGAGCAUUCACGACACCAUUGGCGACAGUCCUAUGUGAAUCUGAGAUUUUAGAUUCCUGUGUUCAUGCCUUGCACUGGCACACAUUUCUGUAUUCAUUUAACUGUGUUUCAAACUGUGUUCGUACAUUUAUACGUGUUAGCAAGUAUUAACUAUGACCGAAACUAAAGAACUUUAUUUAUCAAUGACUAUGAAAAACAUGUCAUUUGAAAGAAAACAAAAGAUUCCCGUAAACUGCAUUUUCAUGCAGAUACAAAAUUAAAUACCUGUUUGUAACAAACUACAGUUUUGAUGCAUAAAUAAACAGCCAGAAAUUAACAUAAAUAAUAUAAUUUGUGAUAAUAGCCAGCCAUUUGGUUCACAUUAUAGCUGAACCCUCUUUAAUGAUUUCAGAAACAGUGAGGCCAUUCCCCCACUCCGCCAAUCUAGUCACCCAUGCCGACAACCCUUUAGAGAAGACUAAUAUAUACCUUAUAAAGGGGCAAAAUUUGUUAUUUUUAAUAUUAUCAGAAACAUUUAUUACAACAAAAUAAUAAAAUCAACAAUUUAAUUUUUAAAAUUAUUUUAUUUCUACAAACUUCAUUCUUUUUAUAAUUUACAUUGUACCAAUAAAUAACAAGACAAUGCUUUACAACAUUAGAUUAGUGAAUUUGCAUAGAUAAAUCUGCUUCAAAGCAAAUUUAAAAUUUUAUUAUUUUGACAUAAUUACUGUGAAUUAAACUUCACCUACUCCAUGGACAUAGUAUAUUCGGUUCUAAAACUUGUAAACAUCUCUCUUUCCCUUUUCCAUCUCAAGCAACUAGUAAACAUACACAUCAUGCUCCUUUCCCCCUUCCUUUUAUAACUAAACUUAACCGGUUCAUGAAUUAUUCUAGAGGGUUCAGUUAUGAUGAAUACAAAACAGAUUGAUUUUUAUUUCAUUAGCUUAAACAUCACUCUAUUCAAUUCUUUGAUAGUUAGUUCGUUUACCAACUGCAUUACAGAGUAUAUCAUUUUAACAUAAUUUUGGUUCAAAUAUUGUUUCAUGUCUACUCCAAAAUUUAAUUGGAACCUCCUUUCUUCAUUACUUACUAAAAGCUGUGGCAACCUUUCCUACCAAAUGUAACAUGAUAACAAUAUAUUACAUAAUGUAUAGAACUUUGAGUUUUUCUAUAUGAAGAAUGAAUUGAAGAAUAAAUUAUAAUUAAACUUUAUAAAAUAAAAGUAUACAAUAUUAUUGGCGUAUUUUUUAUAACACAAAUAAAUGUAUUUCAGGCUAUUUACUGAUUAAUUAUAAUAUAGUUUAAUAAAUUAUAUUAAAAUUUUAUUAAAAAUAAUCAACAGUGUAGCAAUCUCAGCUUAAAUUCUGAACUUCUGCAUCACAGAAAGGAGACCAAUAUUAUAAGGUACAGCAAAGACCCAGUAACAUGACAAAAAUGCAGUAAAUUGCAUACUACAUCCUUCAUAUAUAGUAAAAUCAGAAAUAAAAUUCUCUUGAAUCAUUUGUUUAACAAAUUAAGUAUGAUUGUCCACCACAUAAAAAAAAGUAGUGUUGUUCAUUAUUUAUAUAAACAUUAUGGUUCUCUAGUAAAAAUAAAUAAGAGUUUUAAAAAACUAAAAAACACGCUUUUAUAUAAAAUCCAACUAAAAAUUAGAAAAUAAAUUUUAAUAAAUUUAAUUUGAAAAUAAUGUAUUUUAUUUAAAAAAAACCGUGGGGUGCAUGGUGUCAAUAGUUAAAAUUAUUUUACUGACAGAUAUGAGUAGAAGGAUUAUC